AUGGCGGAGGAGGAGGAGGCGGUCUCUGAGGCGGCGUUCAGCCUGCAGAACAUUACCAUAACAGAUGAGAUUAAAGAUGAUUAUCAUUAUGAAGAGGUUUCAGCAGAUGAUGAUAUCAGUCUUCAUGAAGAUGAUGAGGAUCUGUCCAAAGCUUUGCAGACUGUUCAAGAACAGACUAAAGAUGCCCAAGUUUUAGCUUUGCAGUCGGUUCUGACUUCUGGAAAAUCAGUAGCAGAAAUACCUCAGGCAAUGGAUGACUUCUUCUGCAAUUUCCUGGUCAGAUUGGGAAUGUCUAGAACCCUUGACUGCUUCCAGACUGAAUGGUAUGAGCUCAUUGAGAGAGGUUUGAUCACAGUUGAGGAUGCUGGGCUGGUUCCGGAUGUGUACACCCGCAACCAGCAACUCGAGACUGAGAAUCUGAGCUUGAAGAAAGAUCUGGAAGCCUACAAACAGUCUGUCACUAAAACAGAAGAGGCUCUCCAAAAAAUGCAGCGAGAACGAGACUUCCAUCGCAUGCACCAUAACCGAGUGGUCCAGGAGAAAAACAGGCUGAUUUCUGACAUGAAAAGGCUGAAGGCACAUUAUGCAUCCUAUGAACCAGUGCUGAAGCAGCUGUCAGAAAAAUACCAGAAUUCACUGACACAGAAAAUGUUAACCAGUUUGGAGAGAGACAAAGCAAUGGGGCAGGUUACAGGUUUGCAGGCUGCAUUAGAAAGUUUAGAGUCUGGAUAUACUAAGCAGAUCCCUGAGACAAAAGUAGGCCAUGAUUGUACAAGGAAGAAAAGAUUUGAAGGUCCCACCCAGAAAGCUCUUCGGGAAGCCAGGCAGCAAAAAUUCCUUGUUGCAAGUUCUUCCUGUGAUGCAGAUGAAGAUGCAGAGAAGAAGAUGGGCAGGAGAGAUCUAAAGGAUUCAGAGUUCCCUGUUGAUGCUGAAGGGGCCCCAGACUUGGAGCAGGCUAAAGAGCACCCUCAGCCCCUGAAACCUGGACAGUAUCAACUGAGCAGCAUUUUGAAGGUGCACGACUUCGCCGUGGGCUGCUUGGCUUUGCACCCCCGAAAAAAAAUAGUGCUGAGCGGUGGGGACGACCGCCUGUGGAAGACGUGGGGCUUCCCUGAUGGCAACAUCCUCCUGACAGGGGAAGGGCACACGGAUUAUCUCUCAGGAUGCUGCUUCAGGCCCAGCGGCACGCAGCUGGUGACAUCGAGCGGGGACACCACGGUGCGGCUGUGGGACCUGUCGCGGCGCGGCUGCAUCCUGACGCUGCGGGGCCACUGCCGCGCCGUGCGCGCCUGCUGCUGGCACUCCUGCGGGGACUUCGUGGCCUCCGCCUCCGCGGACGGCACCAGCAAAAUCUGGGACGUCAACAGUGAGAGGUGCAGAUACACCCUGCGUGGCCACGAGGACUCAGUGAACAGCAUCGAGUUCCUGCCCUUCUCCAGCACCGUCCUCACCAGCUCUGCUGACAAGACCUUGUCUCUCUGGGAUGUCAGAACGGGUCUCCGUGUUUACACAUUCCAGGGUCAUGUGCAUCCCUGUAAUCAUGCUACAUUCAACAAGAAGGGGGACACCAUUGCUUCCUGUGACUCCUCGGGCGUGAUGAAGCUCUGGGACAUGCGGAAGCUGCUCCCGAUUCUGUCCAUCGACGCCGGUCCCCAUCCCGCCAACCAGGUCUCCUUCCACCGCUCUGGUGGCCUGGUGGCUCUGGCCAGCAGCGAGGGCUCCGUGAAGGUGCUGUGCCUGGCCGUGGGCCAGCUCUCCAUCCUGCGCGGCCCCGGGGUCGAGGUGCGCUGCGUGCGCUUCCACAGCCAGGAACACCUGCUGUCAGCGGGCGCCGACGGCAGGGUGUGCGUCUGGACCUGGGCGCAGUGACACAGCUGCACCUGGGCGCAGUGACACACCUGUACCUGGGCACAGUGACACAGCUGCACCUGGGUGCAGUGACACACCUGCACCUGGGCACAGUGACCCGCCUGGGCAGUGACACAGCUGCACCUGGGUGCAGGGAUACAUUUGGGCCUGGGCACA